AUGGGGGAGCUGAGAUCUUCUUACUUCACUUUUUCUUCUUAUUAUUCCACUUCUGUUUCUAUUUUGGCAUCACUAUUAUAUACUACUAUCUAUUCGUUCUUGCUUUUCGCAAAUGUGAAUAGUUACCAUCCCGUGAUUCAUCAGUUCCCUACAUUGAACAACAUAACAGGCAGAUCAAAAACCCUUAUUUAUGUGAAUGAGUUUGGAGCCAAAGGAGAUGGCAUAACCGAUGACACUAAGCCGUUUCAAGAUGUCUGGAAAAUCGCAUGUUCUUCACCAUUACGACCAAAAAUUGUAAUCCCGAGUGGAUAUUCUUUUCUAGUUCGACCAAUUGAUUUUGUUGGGCCUUGCCGGUCAAAGGUGUCUCUAUCAAUUGCAGGUUCUAUUGUAGCGCCGAAAGAUCCUCAAGUCUGGGAUGGUUUGAAUCCACAUAAAUGGCUUUAUUUCUUUAAAGUGAAAUACCUGACUGUAGAAGGAGGAGGAACAAUUAACGGGAUGGGCCAGAAAUGGUGGGCUAGGUCAUGCAAGAUUAAUACCACCAAUCCUUGUCGACAUGCUCCAACAGCAAUGACUUUCCACAGAUGCAACAAUCUGAAAGUGAGGGACAUAAGGAUGCUAAAUAGUCAACAAAUGCAUAUAUCAAUUUCUAAGUGCAUACAUGUUGAAGUAUCACAUCUUAUAGUGCAAGCACCUGCUAAGAGCCCUAACACAGAUGCAAUCCACUUAAGCUCAUCUACACAUGUUGGUAUCAGAGAUAGCAGUAUUGGCACAGGAGAUGACUGUAUAUCUAUAGUGGGCAAUUCGUCAAGAAUCUUGGUCAAAAACAUUGCUUGUGGACCAGGCCAUGGUAUAAGCAUUGGAAGCUUGGGAAAGUCUAACUCAUCGUCGUCUCAAGUGCACGAUGUCUGUGUUGAUGGAGCAUAUCUUUCCAACACAGAAAAUGGUGUGAGGAUAAAGACUUGGCAGGGAGGUAGGGGGUUUGUCAGAAAGAUUGCUUUUGCGAACGUGUGGAUGGAAAAUGUGUCAAAUCCCAUCAUAAUAGAUCAAUAUUAUUGUGAUUCUCCACUGGCGUGUCCCAAUCAGACUUUGGCUAUUGGCAUUAACAGCGUAUCCUUUGUUGGUAUUAGAGGGUCUUCAGCAACAAAAAAUGCAAUAACAUUUGCCUGUAGUGAUAACUCCCCAUGUAGAAAUCUAUAUUUGGAAGAUGUUCAACUUGUUUCGUUUUUGGAUUUCCCCACAACGUCGUUUUGUUGGAAGGCAUAUGGCUCAACCUCAGGAUUAAACAAUCCCUCUUCUUGUUUUCCCUCUAGUGAAAGCAUUGUGCAACGGCCCACAGAAUUAUCCAACUUGAGCAAGUCCAUUUGAUAAUCUCUAUGUUCAAAUGUGUAGCUACAUAUCCUAGGCAAAGCUAGCUUAAAGGAUCAAGCAUGUUGAAACAAUUUGAUAGCAUGACUUACUGGUCAGCAGCAGGUCCAGAGUAGGCAAAAUGAGCAGCUUUUCGUGGACCUUAGUUAUUGUGUAAAAUCCUUCUAACUUAUGCAAAUAAGGUGCUUGCAUAUUAAGCAUUUAAAUUUUUGUAAUUGUUCAUGAGUUGAGAAGGUUAUGAAUAAUCUGUCCUUCAAAGGAUGAACUUGCAGUUGGGACUAA